AUGUAUUUGUUGGUUUGGUGUUGUGGGGGUGGUGUGGGUUGGUGUGGGGUUGGGUGGGGGGGGGGGGGGUUGGGGUGGGUGGGGUGGGGGGGGGGUGGGGGUGGGGGGGGUUGGGGAUGGGUGGUGUGGGGAGGGGAUGGAGUGGUGGGGGUGGGUGGGUGGUGGUGUGGGAGGGGGGGGGUGGUGGGGAGGGGGUUGGGUGGGUGGGAAGGGGGAUGGGGGGUGUGGGAGGGUUGGGUGGGUGGUGUGGGGGGGGUGGGUGGUGGGUGGGAUGGGGGUGGUGGGGGGUUGGGUUGGGUGGGGGUGGUGGGUGGGGGGGGGGUUGGGAUGGGGGGGUGGUGGGUUGGGGGGUGGGUUGGGUGGGGGUGGUGGGGGGGGUGGGUGGGGUGGUGGGGUGGGGGGGGGGGGGGUGGGUGGGGGGGGGGUUGGGUGGGGGGGGGGGGGGUUGGUGGGGGGGGGGGUGGGGUGGGGGGGGGUGGGUGGGGGGGGGGGUGGGUGUUUGUUUGGUUGUUGGUGUGGGGUUGUUUGUUUGGUGUGGGGGGUUGUUUGUUUGGUGUGGGGUUUUUUUGUUGUGGUGUGGGGUUGAUUUGUUUGGUGUGGGGUUGUUUUUGUUGUGGGGUGUGUUUGUUUGAUGUGUGUGUGGGUUGUUUUGUUGUGUGUGGGGUUGUUUGGUUUGUGGUGUGGGGGUGGUUUGGGGGGUUGUGUGGUGGGGUUGGGGGGAGGUGUGUUUGGGGUUGGUUGGUUGUUUGUGUGGGGGGGUGGGUGGGGUUUGGGUGGGGGGGUGGGGGGGGUUUGGGGGUGAGGUGGGGGUGGGUGGGGUUGGGGGGGGGGGGGGGAGGGUGUGUGGUGGGGGGGUGUGUGUGGGUGGGGGGUGUUUUUUUUUUUGUGGUUGUGUGUGUGGGGGGUGGUGUUGGGGUUUUGUGUUGGGGGGGGGUGGUUUGUUGGGGGUGGUUAGGUGUGUGUUUUUUUGGUGGGGGUGAGGGUGGGGGGGUGGGGGUGGUGGGGGUGGGGUUUGUGUUGUGGGGGUGGUGUUGGGGUGUGUUGUGGAUGUUGUGUGGGGGUGGGGGGGGUGGGGGGGGGGGGGAGGGGGGGGUUUUUGAGGGGGGUUGUUUUUUUGGGGGGGAUUGGGGGGGGUUGGGGGUAGUAGUGUUUUAUGUGGUUUGUUGUGUUUGUGGUUGGGGUGUGGGGGGUGUGUUGGGGGGGUGUUGGUUUGGUGGGUUGGGGAUUGUUUGUUUGUUUUGGGUGUUUUGGGGGUUGGUUGGGUUGGGUUGUGGGGUGGUGGUGGGGGGGGGGUUUUGUGGUGUGUGGGUGGUUGGGGUGGUGGGGGGGGGUGUGGGGUUGUGUUGGUGUGGUUUGGGGGUUGGGGGUGGGGGGGUUGUUUGUUGGGGGUUGGGGGGUGGGGGUGUGUUGGGGGGUGGGGGUGGUGGGUUUUGGUUUGUUUUUGGGGUUGGUUGGUUUUGUUGGUUUGUGUUUGGUGGUGGGGGGGGUGGUGGGUUGUGGGGGGGGGGGGGGGGUGGGGGUGGGUGGGGGGGGGGGGGUGGGGGGGGUGGUGGGGGGGGUGGGUGGGGGUGGGGGGGGGGUUGGGGGGGGGUGGGGGGGGGGGGUGGUGGGUGUUGGGGGUGGGGGUGGGGGGGGGGGUGGGGGUGGGGGGGGUUGGGUUGGGGGGGGGUUGGUUGGGGGGGUGGUGGGUGGGGGGUGGUGGGGGGGGUGGUUUUGUUUGUGUGGUUGUGGGUGGGUUUUAUUGGUUUGGUGUGGGUUUUGUGUUUGUUUUUGGGUGUGGGGGGGGAUUUUUGGGUUGUGGGUGUUUGUUUUUUUGUUGUGGAGUGGGGGGUUAUUAUGAUGUGGGGUGAGGGGGGGGUUUGUUUUGUUGUGUUGUGGGGUUUUUAUGAUGGGGAUGUUUAUGAUUGGGGAUGGGGUGGGGUGGGUAGGUUUGGGGGGUUGGUGGGUUUUGGAGGGGGGGUUGUUUAUGUUUGGAUGGGGGGUGGGUUGGGUUUAUAA